AUGGCCAGCACCAACCCUACCAUGCCUAAGGUCUCUAACCUUCCCCCUGUCCCUGCCGGAGCCCGCUCAGGUUAUCUCUCCCCAACUAAGGAAGAAAUGCUCGCUGACCUUCGACGCCAGCUCGACGACACCAACUCCGACGGAGUCUCCUCGGUCGACUCCCGCGGCCGCCGCCGCCGCAGAAACAAGGGUGCCGUCCAGAAGCAGGGUGGUCUCAACGGCCCUCAGAUCCUUCCCCGUCUGGCCGACACCAAGCCCGUCCGUCUCCAGCUUGGCUUGAACCUCGAUGUCGAAGUCGAGCUGAAGGCUAGACUCCAAGGCGAUGUCUCACUUACUCUUCUUCAAUAA